UCGAAUGUCCUUCCAUUUCGUCAUUUUUCCCCGUGAACAGACUUGGCGUUACCCUGUCUCCGGUCCUCUAGAUUGCUGUUGUCGAGAAGACCAAGGCAGCGAGAAAAGAAGCCUCGAAAUUCUUCUUGUGGUCACAUGAGGCAUAAGUCAACAAUCCAAGCUGGUGAAUCUGUGGGAUCGUUGCGCGGCACACCCCCAGCCGUUUCAGGCCACACAAUUUGUCGAGCCCGCGCCUUGCCGUCUUUGCCCUCGUCUUCCUUCUUCUUAAGGAUCCCCCCGCUACAUUGCGUUCAUCUUGAGUGGAAGAGACAUCUGUGAAAUUUGGACAAGUCUGUCAAGUGGCUAAAGGUGUCGACCUCGUAAAAUCUGUGAAGUUCUCGACUUUUUCAGAGGUGGAAUGGUACACAACUGCCUGACUUUCUAAGCAGGGACUCUUUGUUGUAACCCGCGAGAAAAAUGCUGCUGCUGAGUUUAACCACCCUGCUGGUGCUGUUGGAGAGAAGUCAUGGGACGAAGAAGGGCCCGCCCAUGAGGUCCAUGUGUUGUCCAGGGGUACAGGGGCCACAGGGCCCUAGGGGGAGUACUGGUCCUGCUGGUCCACCGGGACCUCCGGGGUAUACAGGGGAGAAAGGUGAUCCUGGACAGCCAGGGAGAAUGGGUCUUUCAGGACGGCAAGGUCCGAUGGGUCCACAAGGUCCGAAAGGUCCACCGGGAAGACAAGGUGACGACGGUUUGCCCGGUUUACAAGGACUUCCAGGGAUGAAGGGACACAAAGGUGACAGCGGGACGCCUGGCUUCCCUGGACUGAAGGGGCAUAGGGGCUUCCCGGGGCAAAAUGGCCGACCUGGCGACAACGGAAAAUCUGGUUCCCCGGGCAGGCCGGGGGACAUGGGGCCACCUGGCCUACCCGGGAAACAAGGUUUUCCAGGAGCCAAAGGCCAUGCCGGUACACCAGGCCCAGCCGGACCAGCGGGUGCUCCUGGACAGCGUGGAAAAACUGGAGAUCCUGGACUGAAGGGUCCCCCGGGUCCAGCAGGGUUGCCGGGAUACCCGGGACCACCGGGUGAGAAGGGUCUAGAUGGUAACAAGGGAGACCGAGGUUACUCUGGGGCUCCAGGGAAGGCCGGCCCGCCAGGCCCCGCAGGACGCCCGGGGGGUCCAGGACCCUCGGGGAUACCAGGACUAGAUGGAAAAGACGGAGAGAAGGGAGAAGCCGGCCACAAGGGACCGCCUGGCUUCAUGGGGCCCAUAGGUCCAGCAGGUCCACCGGGCCUUUCUGGAGAAAGGGGUACACCAGGUGCUCCGGGCAGACCGGGUGAGCCAGGAAAGUCAGGCAGAGCCGGGUAUCCUGGUGCAAAGGGAGAGGCUGGACCUCCUGGGGAUCCAGGAAUGAUGGGGAGACCGGGAAAGUCUCUCAGGGGACCUGAAGGUCCACCCGGGCCACCAGGUCCACCAGGAGUAGGGAUGGAGGGACCUCAGGGACUACCAGGACCCCCUGGACAGAUCAAGACUCUGAAGGGCCCACCUGGUCCUCCCGGCUCACCUGGGGGAAGAGGGCCGUCGGGAGGUCCAGGGGCACCUGGUGAACCAGGAAGACCAGGUGUAGGGCUACCGGGCGGACCAGGACCGAAAGGAGAGCGGGGUUCACCGGGUAUUGGAGAAAUUGGUCCAGUAGGACCCGAGGGUCCCGGAGGGAGGCCAGGUGAACCCGGAGAACCCGGACAGAGAGGAUCCCCUGGUCCUCCAGGACCAUCAGGGUCACCAGGAGCCAAGGGAGAAAGCGGUUUGCCUGGGGUGGGGCUUCCCGGACCGCCUGGAGCAAGAGGUCCGCUCGGGCCAUCUGGACUUGGUAUAAAGGGAGAGAGAGGACUCGACGGUCUGAUGGGACCACAAGGUCCACCAGGCCUCGGUCAGAAGGGCGAACGUGGAGUUCCUGGAUUCCGCGGACCACGUGGUGACUCGGGUAUCCCCGGAUCCCCUGGUCGCCAGGGCCCCCCUGGUGUCAGCCUGGGACUGUUGGCUCGACAUAGCCAGAACACCACAGUACCCAACUGUCCACCCGGCAUGAGACGGCUAUGGUCAGGCUUCAGUCUGCUCCACGUAGAAGGCAACGAGAGAGCACACAAACAGGAUUUAGGACGUGCCGGUUCCUGUCUGCCCAGGUUCAGUACUAUACCCUUCAUGUCCUGUGAGCCAGACGACACCUGUAACUACGCUAGCAGGGACGACAAGACCUACUGGCUGUCUACCGUGGAGACAAGCGCUGAGAAACCACUUAUUCCUGUCAGGGGGCUGGAAAUUAAGAAGUUUGUGAGCAGAUGCUCUGUGUGCCAGACCCCAGAGGUCGUUUUAGCAAUGCACAGCUUGGACGCUGGUGUUAUUCCCGACUGCCCUGACGGUUAUAUCAGCCUUUGGACGGGAUACAGCUUUCUAAUGCACACAGCCGCUGGAGAAGGCGGCGGCCAGGAGUUGACCAGUCCCGGAAGUUGUCUUCAGUACUUCCGCCCUGUGCCGUUCAUUGAGUGCCAGGGCUCCCUGGGAACGUGUGACAUCAUCGGCAACUCGUUAAGCUUUUGGCUAACGGAUGUACCUGAGGACGAGGUAGCUCAGUUCCAGCGUCCUGAAUCUAAAUCUGGAACCAUCUUUACCAUGAGAGACCUCCUUAGUAAAUGCCGUGUCUGCAUGGCUACAGAUGUGUAAUGUAUCUCAUGGAUGAGUAUAUGCUACAAACUACCCCAUAUCUAAAGUAUAUUGAAUGUAAUAGGAUAGUAAAUAAGUAUACAUCUUUUUGUACCGCGAUGUUAUAGCUAAUUUGGUUUAACCAGUACCAGUCGACUCCCUUUUGAUAAUACUAGAUCUGACAACUGUAUCUGUAGAAAUUAUGGCGAUAAGACCUGUAUAUUGAAGUGUUGUAAGUUAUAUUUGGAAACUUUUUUGCGGGUUUCUACAUGUCAGACCACUUAAUACGUAUUUCUUAGAUCCAUAUUCAGAGUUCACUACACAAUUGGUGCUAUAGUUUCUUACGAAUUCAUUUUUGGUGCUCGUAGUAAACUAAUGCAUUGUUGUUCAACAAUAUCAGCCUGCUAACUAAACCAGGCUAGUGUGGCGAGGAAAUAAAUCGUCACUAUUUACAUGAAUUGUGAAAAGAUUGUACUAGAGACAUAUUAGUCUAGGAAGACAACAGAAUAUAUGCUACAUAUGAUUAAGUACUGUUUAAAUCACAUUUAUUUCUUAACUUUGUUAAGGCCGUAAACGACGUUAAAAAUCUGUGUAUUUUUAAUUUUUUGAGUGAAAAUAGACUUUGCUGAUGAACUACUCACAUCCGUGACUGCAUAAUAACUGCUUGUCUGCAAAAUUGUUGAAAACGACGUUUACUAUAAUGUCUAAAUGUGUCUUUGGAUGCUUUUACAAGUGUAGCAGUUGAUGACAGCGACGUAUUAGCUACUUUUAAUGCUGAUUAUAGACAUUUCGCUGGAUAGCCUUGCAAUUCCAAGACCUAUUGGCACAACGAUAGUACAAAAAAUUGCAGUACAAAAAUAAGAAGUGGUACACUUCGAACGUUUGAUGUUUAGAUGUAUUAACAUGUUAUGAAUUAGCCUAAUUCAGUCAAAGCAAAUCCAUUGUAAUGCAGCAUAACGCGCAUAGAAUGGUGUACAGAUGUCACCAAUACCUCUUUGGGUGUAUUCU